AUGCUUUGGGAUCCCUCUACCACGUUCCAUGUGCUAUCGGCAUUCUCUCAACAUUCCGAAGAAAUUGAAUCCAUCUUAGCCGUCAUCAACGGGUUUCUGGGUGCGCUCAGGACGAAGAGUUCCGCCGAGUUCGACAAAUACUGCGUGCGAGCGGGAGGAAUGUCCCUCUGGCCACCUUCACCGACCCUCCCUCGCUUCUGUACGAUUGGAACCUUCGUUGAACAGGUGGUCAAGAUCGAGGAUGAGAUCGAUGAGCGUAUCUGGGACCCUGAAGUGAAAGUGUAUCCUUCGGGUAGCCUGGCCGCCGUCUGGGCCCCUUUCCGAGCAAAGGUCAACGGUGCUGUGCAUCAUGUCGGCGUUGAGCUCUUCAUACUUCACAAAGUUAGCAAUACAUGGAAGGUGACUGGAGUGGCUGAUUCGUGUCGAGAACCGACUGAGGAGGAAAAGAUCUGGUUGCCUUGAACGGGCGGCAUUCGAUGAUAGCGGGAAAGUACUGAGACGAUUGAGAAAAAAGACUGAAAGGGGGGAAGUUGCUUGUCUGGGAAUUGCAUGGUUUGUCUCGGACUCAAGAGGCU